AUGGCUAAGCGAGGUGUGCGCGAUUUGCGUACACCUGAAAAGCGCAAUGAAAAGCAGCAGCGUACAAGUGCAUGGUCGGAGUCCACGCUGGUGUUUCAGAAGGAGCGGCAGGCGUUAUACAUUCGCCCGAAAAUCCAAGUUUCACUAUUCAUGCGCAACAGUGGUACACUACUUAGAACAUAUCAAGCUCUGUUGUGUUGGUGUAUUCCGGCGAGCGUGUCGGUGUACAGUUAUUCCAAAGUUUGCAGCAGAGUAAUUCAAAACGUCCGUGGCCAGUCCACUGGUAUAAUUCAGGAAAAAGAUGAAAUUUCCCGCUUGAAAAAUUCUGCGAAUGCAGUCACUGGGCAAGAAGCUGCAAAGUCAUCGGAACGGCCUAUAUCAAGCAUGCGAAUACACAUUGGUGGUCAGCCGUGUUAUAUGAAAGUAAAUGCGGAGAAAAGUAAAAAAGAAGAAUCGAAAAUGUUCUCUUAUAUCCCCGGAACAGUAAAGUGUGGAUUUCUUAUAGUCGCAGCCUCGCUUCCAAAGCGGAUGAAUGAGAGCCAACUAGGCAGCCAAAAAGAAAACGAAGGUGAUGGGACUGGAGCAAAGAUGCAGUGCGGUGAGACAAAAAACCCCGGGAGGCAUCGUAGCUCUACCAGUCUCAAUGUGUUACCCUCAUCUGGUACCCAUUUGGACGUGUAUGACAGCAGAACUGCUGGGCGCGGUGGGACGGCAAAUUCAGCACGCAGCUCAGCUGAUUCUCAAUCAAGCUUUUUCCUUAAGCCAUCGAAAUGGCCUUACGGUAGAAAUAUCACUCGAAAAAGUGAUUCUGAGUUUUCUAAUCUGAGAUCAUUCCGACGGUGCGCACUAAUGCCUAUCCAGCCACGAGUCAACCGAUCAGUAAGCGGAGAGAUACAUGAAAACAAUUUGACAGUAACCGCAUCAGAUGCUCCUCAGUUGGUGACAACAAUACCUCACUCAAACACUCCAUCGAUUACCUGUGAGGCUCCACAAAAUCAGACAGAUGUUCGCAUAAGGAGAGAGUGCAAAGCGGUUAUGCAAAUGUUACUGAAUGUUUUAAUAUACUUUGUCGGAUGGUUACCAUUCUUUUUCGUUCAAAUCAUUGAAAUAUGGUCUCCCAAAGAACUGAUUACUUAUCCGACAUUUGCGAUAACGUUUUGGGCUCGAUUUUGUCUCACUGCUCUCAAUCCUUUCGUUGUCGGCUAUUCCUCGGAGGAAUUACGGAAAGCAUUCCGGAGUCUUAUUUAUUGUGGACAUCCAAAACAAGAAAAAAAAGCUUUAAAGAGAUUGGUGUUGGCUGGUCUUGGAGCAGCAGGUAUACCCUACGGACGUCCAAUAAUACCCAUGAGACCGCAUCCGGUCUUUGAACGGAGUUCUCCGACUGAACUUACAUAG